UCUAGCUGCCGGCGUUUACGAGUGUAAAAUUCAUAGCAAAUACCACGUAAUUGGACUCUCGAAUCUGUAACGCCACCUUACUUAAUAACACCCGUAGUAAUAUGCGUGCAGAGACACAGUUAACAGCAUUAGUAUUAUUAACAUACGCUUCGGCGGUACUAAUUGGCCAUGGCUCCGCCAGCAGUGGGAACGUUCCACGUCCGCGAGGAGUGUCGUUAACAAAGACUGCCCUGUAUCAGCCGCAAGCUGACAGCAGCUGGACUUGCCUGGAUGGUAGUAAAAAAAUACCAUUUGUGCAAAUAAACGACAAUUAUUGUGAUUGCGUCGAUGGCAGCGAUGAGCCCGGCACCCCAGCCUGCUCCAAUGGUCAGUUCCAUUGUAACAAUCUGGGCCACAAGCCACUCGAGAUACCAAGCAGUCGAGUGGACGACGGGAUCUGUGACUGUUGCGACGGUAGCGACGAGGAGAAUAGCCGCUGUAUCAACACCUGCAUCGAGCUGGGAGCGGCGGAGGCUCUAAAGCUCAAAAGUCAGGCGGAGCUCCACAAACGUGGCGCAGAGAAGCGUCAGGAGAUGAUAACGCGGGGUAGACAAUUGAAGUCGGAUCGACAAGCACGUCGUGCUGAGCUUGAUAGAAGAAUAAAAGAGCAGGAGGCGCUGAAGGCAGAGAAAGAGGAGUUAAAACGGAACGCCGAGGCCUUGGAGACUGAGGCUGUGGAGGCAUUUAAAGAACAACAGCGUGAGUUGGACGCGGACACGGCACAGGCUGAGGAAGAACCGCUGCAAAUGCGUCAGGAGGCCUCACUCAGCUUUGUGCGCUACGAUACAAACAAAGACGGUUUCGUUGAGGUCACCGAAUUGAUGGUGGAUAUGAAUUUGGAUCGUGACCGCAAUGGCGUUGUGGAAGUCGAAGAAGCCAAGUACUUCUUGGAUGAGCGCGACCGUGUGGACUUGGAUGCGUUUGUUACAUUGGCCUGGCCGCGUAUUAAACCCUUAAAAAUGCUGGCUGAAGGACUGUUUAAGCCACCACAGAUUCCCGAAGCGCACCAUGAUGAAAAUCUGCCCGCAACGGAAGAUGUUUCAACACAGGAUCCACUGCCAAGUGAGGAUGCUGAAAUUGAGCCAGCAAGUGAGGAUGAGCGGGCAGAUGAUGAAGAGAUUGAAGACGAUCAUUAUGAUGAUGAAGAGCCCGAUGUAGGUGUUGGUGAAGCUACACCAGAGACCACCACACCGCCAAACUAUGAUCCAGAGACACAACGUCUGAUCGAACAAGCAAAUGCGGCACGCAUUGCUUUCGAUGAAGUGGAGCGUCAAAUACGGGAAAUUGAACAUGAAAUCAAAGAGAUUGACGAACAAACUAACAAAGAUUAUGGCGCACACGAGGAGUGGGCUGUUCUGGAUGGCGAGUGCUACAAUUUUGAAGACCGUGAGUACGUCUACAACUUAUGCCCCUUCGAUCGCGCUGCUCAGAAGCCACGCAAUGGCGGAUCCGAGACAACUCUCGGCCGGUGGGAUCAAUGGAUCGGCGAGGGUAACAACAAGUACACAAAACAGAAAUAUGCACAUGGCGCUGCGUGCUGGAACGGCCCACAGAGAUCGGCCAUUAUACAUAUAAGUUGUGCCCUGGAACCGCGUAUCACGGCCGUAUCGGAGCCGAACCGCUGCGAGUACUACUAUGAAUUUGAGACGCCAGCAGCUUGCGAUAGCGAGGCUUUUGCAGCAAACGCCGAAAAUCUGCACGAUGAACUUUGAAAUUAUAGAAUGCAAAGCAUGAAUGAUGAAUUGUAGUUGUAACAGUUAUUGAAAUAUUUUGUAAAGUGAGUUGAAAUCGAGAUCAUUCCCUUCAUGCGCUCAAGCUGAACGGUUAACGCAACACGAUUAUGCAGAUUUAUAGUAAAAUAUUGUAUGUAUGUAUAUGCAUUUAAACCAAGUAAAAAGUUUCGAUUUGAAUAAAGUGUGAACGAAUAGUAUUUUUAAAAAAA